AUGACUAGUGUACGGCAAACUAGAGGAGGAGAGGAGAAAAAUAGUGGAAAAGGGAAAACACAGGUUGUAGAGGGAGAUACAAGUGAGUCAGAAGAGGAGGAAAGUGAAUCUGAAAAAGAAGAAAGUAAAGAAAAACGAGAGGAAGACAAAGAGGAGGAAGAAAUUUCUGAGGGGGAACCACAGGAGGCAGAUUCUGAGAAAGAAGAGGAGACUCAGAGGGGACUCAGGAGGAGUAAGAGGAAAAUUGUCAAACCUGCUACUUCUACUCUAAAGCCUGUGAUUAUUGAAGACAUUAGUUCUUCAGAUCACUCUGACCCUGAUUUUACCCCUACACAAGUUCCUUUUGCUUCCGAGCCAUCUUCUGUGAAAGCAGAAAUGGAGCAGCUGAUAAAGAUGGUGUGCACAAAGCUGGAGGACAUGGCAAAGCAGCUGGCUUCUCUUCAACGCCAAGUGCAGGCUGUGGCAGAUGCUCAGGCAACCAGUUUUACUGGGAUGGAGAACAAGGUUGAUGCUGCUGAGAAGAACAUAAUGCACAGCACUCAGGAGAUAUUGGAGACGAUUAACAGGGUGUCUUUUGAAGAAGUGGAGGAAGCUUCUAAUGACCCCAUAACCCCAGCUGAUGAACCUACCUAUUCCCCAUAA